AAUCUACAGCUGAUAGGAAAAAUUGUGCACGUCAAUUGGAAAAAUGCGGAUCGUUUCUUUGCUUUGAAACUUUCAAUGAUGACAAAUCAAACUCUGAAAGAAGUUGUAAAGAGCGAGUUGAUUUUCAACGAAAUGUCCUACAAUUUUACGGCAUCGCGAAUGAAGUAACUGAUGCUGAUGAUGGCUCCCUAAAUGCUUAUCUAAAACUUGAAUGGAUUGACAAGUAUCGGCUAGCUUUGCAACUGGCGAGUGCCGUGGAAUGUAUGCAUGAAUGCGACGGAACUCCAAUUGAAUAUAGUAACCUAUUUCAAGCGUGUUGGAAUUGUGAUCCAAGUGAGCGACUCAAAAUACAAAAGGUUGUCUUAAGCCUUAGAAAAAUCAUUUCACUCGAACAAAGUAUCGCUAACAAGGAAGGAAAAAAUGAUUCAUCAACGAAAGGUGAAUCUAACCUUAAAUCAAAUAAACUUACUUCAAGUAUAAAUAAGGAAUUAACGAUUAGUAAUUCAUUUGAUAAUAUUGAACCUGAAGGCAAUCCAAGAAUUGAUUCGAAUAUUCGAAUAUUUCAUCAAAUAUAG